AUGAUUUUCUCCCGAACCUCAAACUUGGCUGCGGUCGUGGCCGCGAUCUUCACAGGUGUCUUUGCUUGCCCCGAACACGAUUUUCAUGCAGAAUCGAAGCGAACCGAUCUUCACAUCAAGAAGCGAGCAGACGACGCUGCUACUGAGUGGGCGUACGAGGCAUCAUACAAUUGGGGCGAAUUAAGCGAGAAUUACACCCUCUGUCAAGCCGGCACCCAACAAGCUCCGAUCCCACUCCUUCUCACUCAAGGCCUCUCCCUCGUCCACCAACCCGACUUCUACAACUACUCCAACUCCACCAAUGGCUCUUUCUACAACUGGGGCUACGGUCCAGCCAUGUCGCUCUCCCACCCGGAAGACGACUACACUACCCUCCCAAGCUUCACCUUCGACGACGGCACCAUCGGCGACGGCAACGAGACCGUCUACAUGACCGGCUGGCACAUCCACGCUCCAGCGGAUCACUCGGUCGGAGGCCAGCGCAGCAAAGCCGAACUCCACUACGUCCACGUCGACGCCGCAGGCAACCCACGAGCUGUGCUAGCUUUCCGCAUCGAUCCCGGCAACAGCGAGUCGGCGUUCUUCCGGCAACUACCCGAGUUAAUCUCCUUCCGCAACACGAACAUGCGCACCAACAUGACGGAUUUCAACCCGUUCAUGGCAUUGCAGGAGGUCAACAUGUUCAGCGAAUUCUGGACGUACCGUGGCUCUCUGACCAGUCCACCUUGCACAGAGGGCAUUCGAUUCUAUUUGGCGAGGAAUAUUUUGUUCGUGAGUGUCGAGCAGAUGCAGGCUAUCCUUGCGGUGUCGACGUACUCUGCACGAGCGGAGCAACAGGUUUGGCAGCAUCAGAUUAAUGCUUAG